AUGGCAAGACUGACAAUCAAUCUCGCUGCAAUUUACACCCCCGCGGAUUACAACACACGCCCUUUGGACACCAUCUUCGGCAACUUCAUUGAUGCUAUUCCGGUGAUUAAAUAUUGCACUGAGAACAAUAAGCGUUUGAUUCAUUUCUCUACGUGCGAGGUUUACGGGAAGACUAUAGGCAGCUUUCUCCCAGAAGAAUAUCGACAGGACCCCAAAUAUUUCAUGCUCAAGGAAGAUGUCACUCCUUGUAUUUUUGGUCCGGUUGAGAAACAGAGAUGGUCUUAUGCUUGUGCAAAGCAAAUGACUGACAGACUAAUAUAUGGUACACAAUAA